AUGAUGGUCUUUCGAAUUUGUUUCUUGCUCGCCUUGAGCAGCUCAUCCUUACUGUGUCAAGGCACAGAUUGUGCGGCUACUUCUUUCCAGUCAGUUCGCCGAGACUACCACGAUGACCAAAUGUGCGAUCGCGGUACCUUCAACAAGUUCAAGGAAAGUUUAAACCGCAAUUUUCAGUACCUUCAACUCAAGCAACUUGGGAACGCCUUGGUUCCCGACCAGAAGACAGUUGUUUGCCCUAGCCACGUGCACAAUCUUCACAACGAGAACGACAUCAUCGGCUUUGAUUCCGUCUGGAUAGUGGAAAACACCGCCUCGUCCCCAAUUGUGCUGAGCUUCGUGCACGGCGAUGGCCGAGAAAGCUCAGCACUUAACCCCAAGAUCAGUCCAGCGCAAGUAGACCCCCGCGCAGUCGUCAUGCCGGGGGACUACCGCGCUGUCAAUACAUUUGAGGGUCACGUUUUUCAUGCCCGCGAAAUGCUUCCAGAUGGUGGUGCCGGUAGAGUGUUGUUGCAACAUCGUGUGGGGUAUAUCCCUAUAGGAUUGAAUCAAUCAAACGCGGCGUGCUCCGGCCAAGAUCUAGAACCCGUGAUCACCGACGCAUUAACCGAUGAGACCAGAAUAGCUCCUGAAUAUGCCCGAACACCUCCUAAGCCUUUCCUUGACUGCAACGCCCUCCAUGUCGGUUUCCGGAACAAGGUAGGUUGUCCGGUGCACGGCUUUUUCGUAGAAGCCACAGAAAAUGACGACUGUCAUGAAAAUUUUAAGUUUCAUUUGGGAGUCAAUCCGAUGACGGAUGAUUUCAUGUGGAGCUGGGAUUCUCCUACCAAGUUUGAAACUUCUUACAUUGGACACACGUUUGCCUUUCGCCUCGCCGAUCGUCCUGGUGUUCUGGUCGACAAGGUGACGCUCGGACCCACACAAAUUUCCGAUUGUCCGGGCCUGGCCCAAAGCUUCGCCAUCCCAAUUGGAGCAGAUGGUCAGCUCCUGCCAGUUGCUCGCAUGCUUUGGGAUGCCAGCCAUAAGACCUCUGUCUACCACGUGAACAAUCCUGGGCUUUACCGCCACUCUAACUCCACAGCGAGUUCUGUACUCGUCAACACGAACGCAUCGCUACCCUCGGCUGCUCGGUGCGCCGGUGCCAGCUCGGUUGCGAGGGAACGUAGUCCUCUAUUCACGCUCACAAUCUAG